CCGGAACCUCGACAUGUCGGUGGCUCGCGGCCGCCCGGCAGAACUGACGGUCCCGUUCUAGCGGCGCCACGAGCCCCCCCGCACGCGACGCUGCCGAGGCGCCACGCGCGACCUCACCGCGUACUCGCUGUUGUUCACGGGCUCGCGACAGCUCGCUCGCUACUUCUGCGGGCUCGUGACGGUGUCGUUCCGUGUUUUCACGCCGUGGUGUCGGUGGGUCGGGUGUUUUUUUUUUAACGGGCCCGGUUCGGGGUCAGAGGGGCCCGGUUCGGGGCCAGCGGGGCCCGGUUCGGGGCUGCUCGAGGGGCAGUGGCACGGUGAAAGAGGGAUUGUCACGCGGUUGUGUAUUUUCGGUCGACGCGAGAGCGUUUUUACGGGCUCGUGACAGUGCGCUCGGUGUCUUCGCGGGCUCGUGACAGUUUCUCCGCUAUCGCGAUAACGCGCCCGUCGUCUGCCAGCAGUCCGGCAGUCCAGCCGUCCUCCUCCGCCUCCUCCUCCUCCUCCGCCGCCGCCGCAGCUCCCCCGCCGGCCGCCGCCGCCGCCGGCAGACCGACCUACGGACGGACCAACGGACCGCCCUUCCGCCCUCCGCCGCUGUGUGAACCAAGUCGUGUGUGCUCCGGUCGUGUGGUCUUGGUGUGUCCCGGGGGAAUCGUCGCAGCGCAGCGAGCCGCUGGUAUGAGCGCUCGUCCAGUCGUCUCGUCCGCUCUGCCCGCUCCCCCACAGCCGCUAGCGGGCUACCUUAGCUAGCCUAGCCACCUGCUACCGCGGCCGCCGCCAAACCUGACCGGACACGUCGACUUGCACACCCGGGGACACCCAAGACCAACCCCCGCCCCCCGCCCCGGUCGAACGGAGGACGGGCCAGGAGGGAGGAAAGGCCCCUCCGACAGCCCGCCAGGGAGGCAGCGAGAGAAGCGCGCCCGCUCGGCAGCAGUCGGCGCCGCGGAGAGGCGGUAGUCCCGCCGGAGGAGACGCCGGCUGAGCGCCCAGAGUCCCCCAGUCUGACAAGUGUGAUCCGGGCAGCGAGCCGGGCAGGGACCUCAUGAAUGGAAAUCGGAACUACAGGAGCCGUUGGGGCCCAGUCCCUAUUCUCCGUGCCUCGACGGCCUGGCUAUGGCACCAUGGGGAAGCCCAUCAAGCUGCUGGCCAACUGCUUCCAGGUGGAGAUCCCCAAGAUGGAUGUCUACCUCUACGAGGUGGACAUCAAGCCUGAGAAAUGCCCACGGCGAGUCAACAGGGAGGUGGUUGAUUCUAUGGUGCAGCACUUCAAGGUGACCAUCUUUGGGGAUCGCCGACCAGUUUAUGAUGGGAAGAGGAGUCUGUACACAGCCAACCCACUGCCUGUUGCGCCUGCCGGGGUGGAUCUGGAUGUCACUCUUCCAGGCGAGGGUGGAAAGGAUCGCCCCUUUAAAGUCACCAUCAAGUUUGUAUCACUGGUUAGCUGGCUAAUGCUCCAUGAAGUGCUUACUGGCCGCAGCAUGCCUGAACCCCUGGAGUUGGACAAGCCGAUCAGCACCAACCCUGUGCAUGCUGUCGAUGUGGUGCUGCGUCACCUGCCCUCCAUGAAGUACACUCCGGUGGGUCGUUCCUUCUUCUCAGCUCCAGAGGGCUACGACCAUCCCCUGGGUGGUGGGAGGGAGGUGUGGUUUGGCUUCCACCAGUCUGUAAGGCCUGCCAUGUGGAAAAUGAUGCUUAACAUUGAUGUAUCUGCCACUGCCUUCUACAAGGCCCAGCCAGUCAUCCAGUUCAUGUGUGAAGUGCUGGACAUCCACAACAUAGACGAGCAGCCUCGCCCCCUUACAGACUCUCACCGGGUCAAAUUCACCAAAGAAAUCAAAGGUCUCAAAGUAGAAGUGACGCACUGUGGAACCAUGCGAAGGAAGUACCGUGUCUGCAACGUGACCCGCCGGCCCGCCAGCCAUCAAACGUUCCCUCUGCAGUUGGAGAACGGUCAGACAGUAGAGCGAACUGUAGCUCAGUACUUCAGAGAGAAGUACAACCUGCAACUGAAGUACCCACACCUACCAUGUCUACAGGUGGGCCAGGAGCAGAAGCACACUUACCUGCCCCUGGAGGUGUGUAACAUUGUAGCUGGUCAGCGCUGCAUCAAAAAGCUGACAGAUAAUCAGACCUCCACCAUGAUCAAAGCCACAGCUCGCUCUGCACCGGACAGACAAGAGGAGAUCAGCAGGCUGGUGCGCAGUGCCAACUAUGAGGCAGACCCCUUUGUGCAGGAGUUCCAGUUCAAGGUGCGCGACGAAAUGGCCCACGUGACGGGGCGCGUGCUGCCCGCCCCCAUGCUGCAGUACGGCGGCAGGGUGAGCACAGAGCACUUUAUGAACCGUACUGUGGCCACUCCUAGCCAUGGGGUAUGGGACAUGAGGGGGAAGCAGUUCCACACGGGAGUGGAGAUUAAGAUGUGGGCCAUCGCUUGCUUCGCCACACAGAGGCAGUGUCGGGAAGAAAUACUAAAGGGGUUCACAGAUCAGCUGCGUAAGAUCUCCAAGGAUGCUGGGAUGCCCAUCCAGGGUCAGCCGUGUUUCUGUAAAUAUGCCCAAGGUGCUGACAGUGUGGAGCCCAUGUUCAGACAUCUGAAGAACACCUACUCUGGCCUGCAGCUCAUCAUCGUCAUCUUGCCGGGAAAGACUCCUGUAUAUGCGGAGGUGAAGCGGGUGGGAGAUACCCUCCUAGGCAUGGCCACCCAGUGUGUGCAGGUGAAGAACGUGGUGAAAACGUCCCCUCAGACCCUCUCCAACCUCUGCCUCAAGAUCAACGUCAAGCUGGGAGGCAUCAACAACAUCCUGGUGCCUCACCAACGACCGUCAGUGUUCCAGCAGCCUGUUAUCUUCCUCGGAGCAGACGUCACACACCCCCCUGCAGGGGAUGGAAAGAAGCCCUCUAUCGCAGCAGUGGUAGGCAGCAUGGACGCCCACCCCAGCAGGUACUGUGCCACAGUGCGGGUCCAGAGGCCCAGGCAGGAGGUCAUCCAGGACCUGGCUUCUAUGGUGCGGGAGCUCCUGAUCCAGUUCUACAAGUCUACCCGCUAUAAGCCCACCAGGAUCAUCUUCUACAGGGAUGGAGUAUCGGAAGGCCAGUUCAGACAGGUGCUGUAUUAUGAGCUGCUGGCCAUCCGUGAGGCCUGUAUCAGCCUGGAGAAGGAAUAUCAGCCAGGCAUCACCUACAUUGUAGUACAGAAACGCCACCACACACGCCUCUUCUGUGCCGACCGCAACGAGAGGGUUGGACGCAGCGGAAACAUUCCUGCUGGCACCACUGUGGACACGGACAUCACACACCCUUACGAGUUCGACUUUUACCUCUGCAGUCAUGCUGGAAUACAGGGGACCAGCCGCCCCUCUCACUAUCAUGUCCUGUGGGACGACAACUGCUUUACCGCUGACGAGUUCCAGCUGCUCACCUACCAGCUGUGCCACACCUAUGUGCGCUGCACCCGCUCAGUCUCCAUACCGGCUCCAGCCUACUACGCCCACCUGGUGGCCUUUCGCGCCCGCUACCAUCUGGUGGACAAAGAACACGACAGUGCCGAGGGCAGCCAUGUGUCCGGUCAGAGUAACGGCCGGGACCCCCAGGCGCUGGCCAAAGCCGUUCAGAUUCACCAUGACACCCUGAGGACCAUGUACUUCGCCUAAGUCACACUUUUCCUCCUCAUCCAUCACUAUGCCUAACAUACACACACACACACACACACACACACACA